UACAUCAAACGGGCUGAGACCAAACCAAAGCCAUUUCUUUCUUCUCUUGCUUCAGAUUUCUCUCUCAAUCUCCAAAAACAGCCUUUCACUUUGUUUCUUGUCUUGAACAAAGAAAUGGCAAUCUCCCUACAGCUCUGCCGUCUCUCUCUCCGCACUGAUCUCUUUUCUCGAGACAACAACUCGUCUCCUCUUCUUCGCCGUAAACCUUUCUCAAUUCGAUGCUCUGCUGCUGCUGCUUCCGACGAUGAAUCAUCUUCUGCCUCUGUAGCUAUGGACUCCGAUUUUGAUGCUAAGGUUUUUAGGCAUAAUUUGACGAGAAGCAAGAAUUACAAUCGCAGAGGCUUUGGUCAUAAAGAAGAAACUCUUCAACUCAUGAGCCAAGAAUAUACCAGUGAUAUUAUUAAGACUUUGAAGGAGAAUGGGAAUGAGUAUACUUGGGGAAAUGUUACUGUUAAAUUGGCUGAAGCUUAUGGGUUUUGUUGGGGUGUUGAAAGGGCUGUUCAGAUUGCUUAUGAAGCUAGGAAACAAUUUCCUGAUGAGAAGAUUUGGAUUACUAAUGAGAUUAUUCAUAACCCUACUGUUAAUAAGCGUUUGGAAGAGAUGAAUGUUGAAAAUAUUCCUCUUGAGGAAGGGAGGAAACAGUUUGAAGUUGUGAACAAUGGCGAUGUUGUGAUUUUGCCUGCUUUUGGAGCUGCAGUGGAUGAGAUGUUGACUCUGAGCAACAAAAAUGUACAAAUUGUUGAUACAACUUGCCCUUGGGUAUCUAAGGUCUGGAAUACUGUUGAGAAGCACAAGAAGGGAGAUUAUACUUCAAUUAUUCAUGGUAAAUAUUCUCAUGAGGAAACCAUAGCUACUGCUUCUUUUGCUGGAACGUAUAUCAUUGUCAAGAAUAUGAAGGAGGCAAUGUAUGUAUGUGAUUACAUUCUUGGUGGCCAACUUAAUGGAUCUAGCUCAACCAAAGAGGAGUUUCUUAAGAAAUUUAAAAACGCAGUAUCUAAGGGAUUUGAUCCAGAUGUUGACCUGGUUAAGGUUGGUAUCGCAAAUCAAACAACAAUGCUUAAGGGAGAAACAGAAGAUAUUGGUAAAUUGGUGGAGAAGACCAUGAUGCAGAGAUAUGGUGUGGAAAAUGUCAAUGACCACUUUAUUAGCUUCAACACCAUUUGUGAUGCUACUCAAGAACGACAAGACGCAAUGUUUAAUUUGGUGGAGGAGAAGCUGGAUCUUAUAUUAGUAAUUGGUGGGUGGAACUCAAGCAACACUUCACACCUCCAAGAAAUUGCUGAGCUCCGUGGAAUUCCUUCAUACUGGAUUGACAGUGAACAGAGGAUUGGUCCAGGAAAUAGAAUAGCUUAUAAGUUGAAUCAUGGGGAGUUGGUUGAGAAAGAAAACUUCCUACCAGAAGGUCCCAUUACAAUUGGUGUAACAUCUGGUGCCUCUACUCCAGACAAGGUUGUGGAAGAUGCCCUAGUCAAGGUGUUCGACAUCAAACGUGAGGAAGCCUUGCAACUGGCAUAAAUUUAGGUUGUGGUACAAAAUCAACUGUGCCAUUUUAGAUAUGUAUAACUGAGUGUAUCAUGAACAAAAAAGGAUCUGCAAGAUUGUUACUAUAGAUAUCAAAUGUAUUCAAAUUCAUAAUGAUGGCAAUAGAGGAGGUGGUUUUAAGAGCUGCAA